UUCUUUAUGUGCAGUAUGUAUAAUAGAGCGGAUGGCUAUGUAUUCGUAUGUUAGCUUCAGUGUCGCAAGAAUAGGAUUACCUUUUAAGCAGACCUAAAUGGGAAAAUCGUCCACAUCGCCGUUUCGAUGAUCCAUGUAGAAAUUCCAUAUAUGGAUGGCGCAGUCUUGUCUUACAGGUACCUGAAAGCACACGAGGAAAAGAUCAUGGAAAUGACGCAUCGCGCCCUUCGUAACAACCAUAACACCACCACCACCACCAUCGUCACAACCACCAUCAACAACAACAACAACAACAACAGUUUCACUCUUGACGGCUAUAUCUUCGACGACAACCUUUCGACAAUGUUCAACGCCGUAUCGACGGAUAGGACUCCCGCGAAGAUCCCGACCUUCGAUGACGUCAGCAUGACGAAAGCAGUCGUGUUUGGCGCCAUGUUUGUGAUCUCUUUCGUUGGCAAUGUGGCCACGUUGAUACAGAUGUACCGCAUGCGCCGCCGGAAGUCGACGAUCAACACGCUGAUCGUGAACCUAGCGCUCGCCGAUCUGUUGGUGACGUUCUUCUGCAUCGCAGGGGAGGCGGCGUGGGCGGCCACGGUGCAGUGGUACGGCGGGGACCUGGUGUGCAAGUCGGUGAAGUACAUGCAGGUGUUCGCCCUCUACCUCUCCACGUACAUCACGGUGGCCAUCAGUCUGGACCGCUGCAUCGCCAUCUUGGAUCCUAUGAGGAGAAACGGGGCCACUCUGCGGGUUCGGACAAUGAUUCUUCUGGCGUGGGGAUUUAGUGCCUUGUUUAGCAUACCACAGGCUGUUAUAUUCAACGUGAGAAGAGGCCCAUUCGAGGAGGAAUUUUAUCAGUGUGUGACUUUUGGUUCCUAUGCCGGUGAAUGGCAAAGACAGCUGUACUCAAUAGCUUCGUUGUUGCUAAUGUUCGUAAUACCCUUGGUGACGAUUGGGACUGCAUACGGGUUAAUAUUUUGUACUAUUUCAAGGAAAUCGAAAGAAUAUACAGAAUCGAAUGGCUGUUUGAAAAUGGCGGGGUGUGACCGUAGAAAAGCCUACAAGCCCCACAGGACAUCAUCCAGUGAAAGAACUGGGGAUUCCAGCUUAAUCCGGAAGACGCCGGAGCUGACUCGAGGUCCGGUUCGCAGCAACCUCCUGAGGAAAGCGAAGAAGAAGUCGCUGCGGAUGUCCAUCGUCAUCGUCCUCGCCUUCAUCAUCUGCUGGACCCCCUAUUACGUCAUCUUCAUCUCGGUGACGUUCUUCAAGUGGGAGGAGAUCGAGCCGAAGACGAUGUUGUGGUUCUUCUUCAUCGGGAUGACCAACACGAUGCUGAACCCCAUGAUUUACGGUGCCUUCCAGCUUUGCAAGGUGCAUAGACCCAGCAACAGCAGCCGACUGUUUCGGGAGACCGCAAUGAAGCGGACGACCAAUGACGAGCACGCUGUGGACGCAGUAGCCAAUCGGAAACUCUUCCUCGUCAAGCACUGUUCCUGGAGAAAAGGCGGCGGGUCGCCAGACUCCUCCCUCAAAAGACGCAAAAACCGUGGUCACCCCGAAUUAAACUGCUCGAACGACACACCUGCUAACUCCUCCUCGCAGACGAACCAAAGGCGUGAAUCUCGCCGGGACUCCAACAUGGAACUUAUCAGCAACAGCAGGUGUCAGCGGUGCGGCCACGACCUGUGUCGAACCCGCUACCACAGGUUCUGCAAGUACGGCAAUUACCACUACCUGAACACCAAGAACCAGGAGCAUCUGAAGGUACCCGACCGUGCUUCGUGCUGCUUCUUCAAUUCAUACUGAGUACUGCUGGUGGUGGUGUGUGUGUGCGCAAGAGUGUGUAUGAGGUCGCGCAUGCGCAUAAACUUAUAAGAUUGUGUGUGGUGGUUUUGGAAGGUUUGGGUUUUUUGUGUCAGAAUUGUAAGAACUGCGAAGCAUUUGUUUUCAAGUUUAUUUCAAUUCUUAUAUUUAAAUAAGGUUCAAGUACGCUUGUUCGUGGGGGUUUUGUGAAAGAGAAGUGGCGUAGCGGUUUUACAUCUCCUAUAUAGAGCUAUGCGCGCAUUCUAGAUGGAAACCAGUACCAAGAUGGAAUCCAGCACAUACCAGCCCAAAGACCAGAUGGUUUAAGCAAUGAGCCUUCGAGCCCAACAACCUUAUGUUGAGAUUUUGUUGGGUAUGGAUAUGGUAUGGACAGUUUGUGGGCUGCUUCCAUCAGAAAACUACUCAAGCACGCCUGUCGUGGGCACAAUCUAUGAAAUCGCCAGAUAGCAAUGUACAAGACAGGGAUGUUAUGUUUUGGGUUGGGGUUUUAUUUUUUUUCUCAUUCCUUUAACAAUGUCUUGGUGGAAGUUGUCGAUUUGUCGCGUAAACUCAGUUAGUGACCUGCUUCAAGGAUAUAGAAAUCGUUUUAGAUUUUAUUACAAAAGUGGCGGGAAAGAAAAGAAAGAAAAGGAAUGUCUGUUUAACGAUAUCCUGGCGCUGUUAAUCUAUAGCUGUUUGGUGUCAAGUAAGGAGAUGACAGGGCUGUUUUUUCUUAAUGGCAUCCCAGCCCUUUCAAGACGUGACUGUUCAAGUGAACGAAAGAAGAAACGUGCUGCCGCCACACGGGAUACACUUUCAGAAUCAAGGAAGCUUACUCCAAGACAAUCGGCUCAAACCACGGCCUUUGGUAUAAUACUUUUCACGAAGCACACUGACUGAAAAGGAAAGACUCCAAAUGGAAACAAAAACAGAAUGCUCAAAUAUUUAUUAAACAGUGCGCACAGUGCAAUGUAAUCUAUGUGCAACAAAACGGAGAUUUUGUUGCUUAUUUUAUAAACGAGUAAAUAAAUCUAUUUUAAAAGACGUGUCAGUAAGGGGAGAAUUACAAGGAAUUUGGAACUAUGUAACUUUUUGUCAAGCACGUUAUGUAAACAAUUGACAUGCUGUAAGCAAAAUCAUAUGUUCAUUUCUAAUAUUUAUGUCAUAUUCACACAAACAUGGCAAGAAACAAUCAUCGUUUUCAUAUGUGGCGCCAUUACGGAGGACUGUACUAUAUAAAACGUAUGUCAACAAGAUGCCAACAAUAUAUGAAACGUAUACACAGAGCAUUAAAUACACAUCGUAUUGUCUCCUAUAAUCCAUAUUUCACAUCAUUUUAUUUAUACUUUUUUGUGUGCUUAUAUCCAAUUAAGUUUCAAGCUCGCUAUCCUGGUCACACACCUCGGUUAUCUGGGCUGUCUGUCCAGGGCAG